AUGCUUCUAGACAACUGGCCUAUCGUCCCCCCUAUGGUUGUCGUUGCCAACCAUGAAGUGGCCGAGCAGGUGUCUCGCUCUUCCGCCGAUUUUCCAUAUAGCGUCAUGAAGUCGCCAUCCGUUGACCAUAUUGUGGAUUUGAUUGGACCGAAUUCAAUCCUGCUCAAACAGAAUGAGCGAUGGAAAGCCGUUCGCAAAAGAUUCAACCCUGGCUUCGCACCGCAGCAUUUGAUGACACUUUUGCCCGUCAUCCUUGAAAAGGCGCAGACCUACCUCGAAAUCCUCGAUCACUUUGCCAAAACAGGGGAAAGCUUCUCGUUGGACCAGCACACAACAAACCUCACAUUUGACAUUAUCGGUAUUGUGACCAUGGGUGAAGAUGUGAAUGCACAACAGGUGGAUUCGACACAGCAAGGAGAGCUGAUAAAGAGUUACAAACAACUCAUCAAAACAUAUGCCGACGAUAAACUUCAGCUCCCCUGGUGGCUAAUGCCUCAUAGACAUAUCAGGCGCCGUCUCAUUGGGCAGCAGAUUAGCAACAGAUUAAAGGCUAUUGUUUCCUGCAACUUUGAAGCCACAAAAGCCGAAUCCAACACUAGUCGAUCGCGGAGCAUCCUAGCCCUCAGUCUCCAGGACGUGGAGAAGCUCACACCCGACAUAUUAGCCGAAACGUCUGAUCAGCUGAAAACCUUUCUUUUUGCAGGCCACGAUACUACUAGCACUCUAAUUAUCUGGACCAUCUAUGAGCUCUCGCGGACGCCGCACGCGCUGAAAGCCGUACGCGAGGAGCUAGAAAGACUACUUGGACCUGAAACCACACAAGAUCCAACGGCAAUAACUCAGAAGCUUCUUGGUCCCGGAGGUGAUGAGAUCAUCCACCAGAUGACAUACAUCUCUGCGGUUCUCAAAGAGGUCUUGAGACUCUACGCGCCCGCCGGUUCUAUUCGCAUUUCCAAGCCGAAUACGGGACUCGUCGUUUCCACCUCGCAAGGCGACUACAAUCUUGACGGAAACUGGAUCUACCUGAACCACUACAUCAUGCAUCGCGACCGAGCAGUGUACGGGGACACGGCAGAAGACUUUGUGCCUGAGCGUUGGCUCAAGAGCGACGGCUUCCCGCCCAGCGUAUGGCGACCUUUUGAGAGGGGCCCGAGAAAUUGCAUCGGCAUGGAACUGGCGAAUAUCGAGGCGAGGGCGAUUACUGCCCUCAUAGCCCAUCGGUACGCGUUUGAAAAGGUGGGCAUUGGUGAGUUGGACUUGGACUCGGGCGGCGAGCCUCGUCUGAAUGACAAGAAUCAAUACGCGACCAAGUCCAAACUGUAUACUGUAAGUUUCAACCAUGCCCUAGCUGUUUGA